UCAAGCAAGACUUGUGUUCGCAACAAAAAUCAUAAACAAAGGGAUCAAAUUUAACCAAAAUAAACAAACCAAAAUAUGUCGUACGAUAACUUUAAAGCGUCUCUGUUGGAUUUGUUCGUAAAACAGAAGAAUUGUGACGUCCAAUUCAUUUGUAAUGACCCGGCAUCAGGAAAACAAAAAUCCGGAAUCAUGGCUCACAAGCUGAUUUUGUCGUUAGCAAGUGAUGUUUUCAAUACGAUGUUCUAUGGAGAAGCUACAAAACAUGAAGAUUCUAAGAAAACAGAAGAAAAGCCGGUUAAAAUUGAUGAUAUUGAAUUGCCGACUUUCAAAUUAUUUCUCAGCUUCAUUUACACCAAAUCUGUGGAGUUUGAGACUCCCGAAAUGGCAGUCGAGUUCUAUUACGCUGCCCACAAAUACAACUGCCUCGAUGCCCUCGAAUUCAUCAAAAAUUACAUGUUGACCGAAGUAAAUGCUGAAAACUGCACCUCAUUCUAUGCCGUUGCUCAUCUCUACGAAAAUUCAGAAUUAAAAGCUGCUUGCGCGAAAAUCUUCUCGGAAAAUACUGUCGAUGUCCUAAACAGUCCCAAAUUCCUGGAUGCUGAUCCCAAAACUAUCGAAGCAAUUUUCAAGUUAGAUGCUCUCAAAAUCACGUCGGAAAAGCAAUUAGUUGACGCUCUUGAACGUUACAUUAAGCACAACGUUGAAGACGAUCCGGAAAUUGCGCAAAAAGUCCGCCCAGCUCUCUGUCAAAUCAGAUUUUUGACACUCACGCCAGUGGUUGUUGCGGAAACGACUUUGCUGGACUCGGAUGAUGCGUUGAUGGUAAUUGGUUGUUUGACGCCGGAAGGCGAUGUCUCGAAAAUGCCGACUUGGUUGUCGAUGAAUGCGAAAAAGCGCACAAAGGAAGCACAGGACAUGGACAAAAUACGAAAACUGUCGAAUGUUUAUUUUGCUAAAUAUUGUGUUUAUUGUGGCACAAGUCAUGCAUCGUGGAACUGUUCUAGUGGGUACUUGGAUUCGACGCGUCGCUCAACUCUGAAGGAAAUUUAUGAAAAAUAUAAACAUGUGUUUUUGAUAGAUUAUGAAAAAGAGGAUGUUGAAAGUGUUUUUGAAAUUUUCAAGGCUUGGGGACGUGUAGAAUAAGUUUAAUUUCAAGAGCACAAAAUUCCAUUUAUUAUGAUUUUUUCAAGAAUAAGUUUAAGAUUUUCUUUAAAAAUAAAGAAAAAAAGGUUUCACAUUAAAGUUUUGGAAUUAAAUAGAAUUGAGUUUAAUAAUUAAA